GCAAAGCGCACAACACAAGAGACACCACAUUUGCUGUGGAUGUUCACUCACUUUUAAAUCAAUACUUGCAAACAGAGCAUUUUAAAUCACUUUUAGUCAGUUUUGUGAGCCAGCAUUGUUCUGUAAAAUGUUUAAAGCUUUGACAACUAAACAUGAAACAGCUCACUGAAAGCAGCUGAGAGUAUCUGCCUUGGAGAAAAUGGACCGGAGGAGGCGAUGGACGUUUGCAGGGCAGGUUGUGUGUCUGCUACUGUGUGCGUGCGCCCUGGACCGGGUUUUGGCGCAGAUUCGGUAUUCCAUUCCGGAGGAGUUGGAGCACGGUGCUUUUGUUGGAAAUAUCGCCGAGGACUUGGGCUUGGAUGUGGCCAAAUUGUCUUCGAGGAGAUUCCGUAUUGUGUCCGGGGCAAGAAAACAAUAUUUAGAGGUGAAUUUGGAGAACGGGAUUUUGUUCGUGAAUGAGAAGAUCGAUCGCGAGGAACUGUGUGAACAAAGUCCCGUUUGUUUCUUGCACUUGCAGGUCGUUAUUGAAAACCCUUUGGAACUGUACCGGGUUGAGGUUGAAAUCUUGGACGUCAACGAUAACGCGCCCAGUUUCCCGUGGAGCGAGUUUAAUCUGGAGAUUACGGAGUCUGCUGCGCCGGGCUCCCGGUUCCCACUGGAGAGCGCGCAAGAUCUGGAUGUGGGCUCGAACUCUCUCCGCUCCUACUUGCUGAGCACAAAUCAGCACUUCGUGCUGGACAUUCAAACUCGUAACGACGGGAGCAAAUUCGCCGAAAUCGUACUGCAGUCGCCUUUAGACCGAGAGCAGCAGAAAACGCACGAGAUGGUGCUCACGGCCGUGGACGGUGGCUCUCCUUUGCGCUCGGGCACCGCUCAGAUUACGGUCACUGUGCUGGAUGCCAAUGACAACGUGCCGGUGUUUGACCGCUCCGUAUACCGGGUCAGCUUGGUGGAGAACGCACCGAGAGGCACGCUCGUGCUCAAACUGAACGCUACGGACCUGGACGAGGGCGCCAACGGUGAGAUUACAUACUCGUUCAGCGGACACGCGCCUCUGAAGGUGCGGGAGCUGUUCAGCGUGGACUCUCACUCGGGUGAGAUUCGGGUGAAGGGGAUAGUGGACUACGAAAAGGCCAGCGUGUACGAGCUCUACGUGCAAGCGAAAGACAAGGGUCCCUCCGCCGUGGCCGUGCACUGUAAAGUACUUAUCGAUAUUCUGGACGUGAACGACAACGCGCCCGAGGUCAUAUUAACCUCUGUGUCAACACCUGUUCAGGAGGACGCGCCAGCGGGCACGGUGAUAGCCGUGAUCAGCGUAAUGGAUCACGACUCGGGUGAGAACGGUGCUGUGGACUGCCAGAUUCCCGGAAAUGUGCCGUUUCAGCUGCACUCCUCUUUUAAAAACUAUUACACACUUGUAACGAGCGAGCUUCUCGACAGAGAGUCCGUCUCGGAGUACAACAUCACACUCACGGCGCGAGAUCUGGGCUCGCCGCCGCUAUCCACCAGGAAAACGAUUCUGGUUCAAGUGUCUGACAUUAAUGACAACCCACCGCGCUUCAUUCAGCCCUCAUACACUGUAUAUGUGACUGAGAAUAACGCCCCGGGCGCAUCCAUUUGCUCGGUGACCGCAUUCGAUCCGGACUCUAAUCAAAACGCCUAUUUGUCCUACUCCAUCCUGGAAGGUCAGAUCCAGGGCAUGCCCGUGUCCACUUAUGUAUCCAUUAAUUCCGAUAACGGCAACAUCUACGCGCUGCGCUCUUUCGAUUACGAGCAGCUCCGGAACUUUCAGAUCUGCGUACAGGCUCAGGACGCCGGUUUCCCACCGCUCAGCAGCAAUGUGACUGUCAAUGUUUUUGUUUUGGAUCAGAACGACAACGCACCGGUUGUCCUGUCCCCGCUACCGAAAAACGGCACCGUAGCCAUUGAGAUGGUGCCCAGGUCGGUGGACGCUGGGUACAUCGUGGCUAAAAUUACGGCGCUAGACGCAGACGCGGGGCAAAACUCUCGCCUCUCAUAUCAGGUGCUCCAGGCGACGGAUCCCGGACUGUUCAGCGUUGCUCUGUACACCGGCGAGAUCAGAACGAUCCGACGUUUCGUGGAAAAAGAUGCCAUAAGGCAAAGACUUGUCGUACUCGUCAAGGACAACGGGCAGCCGCCGCUCUCGGCCACCGUGUCCAUCAUUUUGUCGGUUGUGGACAGCGUACCGGAGUCUCUGUCCGAUUACGGUGACCUCUUUCUCAGCCCCCAGCCUCCGUCUAACCUCGCGCUCUAUUUAAUCGUCUCACUGAGCACCGUCUCGCUCAUCUUCCUCGUGGCCAUCAUCGUUCUGGCGGCCGUGAAAUGCUACAAGGACCGGGACUCUCUCAGCGGUUACGCGCUCUCCUCGCUCGGCGCCGCUUGCUGCAGCUUCGAACCGGAGCCGCCCGCCGAGGUGUUCAAAAAGUCCAACAUCAACCUACAGAUCUCCAGCGGCGCGAAAGUGCCUACGAACUGCGUGGAGGUAAACAGCAAUUCUGGAAACCUGUCUCAAGCUUACUGCUACAAAGUGUGUUUGACGCCCGAAUCCGCAAAGAGCGACUUUAUGUUUCUCAAGCCUUGCAGUCCCGGUACACCGAGGAAUAACACGGCGAGAGGAGCGGACAACCUGGCGCUGAGCUCACAGAGUCGCUGCUCAUCCGUGAACAACGGAGCGACAACACCGAACGAGCUGAAGCAAGCAAAUACUGACUGGGCACUCACCAAAAACCAAACCUCCUCUGUGAAAAGUUGUAACUCUAUAAACAUGGAUGGCACUCUGAUGCGUAAGGCCAUGCAGGCAGAACCAGAGACUUAUAUGACUCCAAUGGCUGCAGGACAGUACUGGACUUGGGGAAACCGCUCGAGAGAGAACCGGACGCAUUCUCCAGCAGGUGUUUCUCAGAGGGUGUGGACUCCUCAUUACACCCCCACACACAACCCCACCCGCCAUCCACAACAGCAGCAGCCCACAGCGAAGGUUCACCCGCAUCCUCCACCCGAUUACCAGCACAACGUCUACAUCCCUGGCACACCCUCCGGCUUCUGCACCCUGCGCCCCAACUACCGAAGUGAGCUCGACGUCCACAACUCCUUUUCCACCUUCGGCAAAAAACACAGGUUCAUCUCACCCAGCAGCUUUGACCCUCAUGAUGACAUGGGGACGGAGGUUAUCAACAAUGACUUAUAUAACGAAUAGAAUAAGAGAGAAAGGACCUGAGGUGCGAUGAUGGUGUAAUGAAAUAAUGGACAAAAAGAGGAGUGACUCUUUAUUAUGACCAAAGCAUAGCAUUUAUUCAUGUAGUCUCUGCCUCAGAUGUUAUCGGCCAUCUGGUUCGUUCACUGACUGUCUGAUGCAUAUUACAUACAAAACUAGAGAGCACUUGUGAAAAUUGCAAGCUCCAAUCAGGUUUCCCGACUGAAACACAACUUCCACGAGUCACAGCGCAGAGGUUUUUAUCAGUAUAAGUACCACGUUGAUAUUACAAGUGCUUGUGGAAAACGUAUUAUUGGAUCCGCCAAAGUUUGCCAGGUUCGUGGCUUCAAAUCUUUGAAAGAUAUUCAAAGUAUUGUUUGAGGCACAGUGAAGCAAGCAAACUAGAUAUUAACGAGCAGAACUGUUUAUUCUGCUUGUUUUCUAUUUAUGAAAUAAUCAGUAGUCUAAUAAUUUAUUUUGGACAGACCACAAAGUCUCAAGCUAAUUUCUUUUUUUUUUUUUUUAACAGCCGUUCACAGAGGCAAGUUUUUUAUCCAUUAUUGUGGUAUUCAGACAGACAGAUGCAUAAAACAGUCCCAUUAACCCCUAAACAAAACAGAGCUGGUCAGAUGGCCUCUCCCUUUUUAAGUGGGCGGUUCUUGGUCAGAAUAAGCUGCAAACUGGACUAGUCAAAUAUCUGGCUAUAUUUGAGACUACUUAACAGGUGACAGGAAGGAAAGUUCAUUUAUGUCACAGCAGCACCAUGAUGGUUCUGUCUGCAAUCGCUGUGCUCACACUCACUCUAAGAUGCACUUUUCAUCUUUCACUUACGUUGUGUGUUUUUGUGGAGCAUCAUUCACAGACCUGAAACGUAUUAAUGACUCUCUCACUGGACAUGUCUCUGAUAAUAUACAGAUAUUUAAAAGAACUUGAAUACGUAUGUACUGCUCAGUUAAAGGGGAGAGACGAGCAGCAGGCCGUUCUGAAAAGAGAUUUACUUGCUGUUCGCUUGUCCUGUUAUAUCAGGGGCUGAAUUAAUCUUAAAGUAAUAGUUCACCCAAAAUUUAAAUUCUGUUAUCAUUUACUCACCCUCCAAUCCUGUAUGUCUUAUUUUCUCCCGCGGAACGCAAAAGAGGUUAGGCAGAAUGUCAGUCUCAGUCACCGUUCACUUUCAGGGUGAACAAGUGAAAGGUGACUGAACGUCUCCUUUUGUGUUCCAUGGAAGAAUGAAAGUCAUAUGGGGUUGGAACAACACAAGCGUGAUUAUAUGAUUAAAGCUUUUAAUUUAUGGGUGAACUAUCUCGUUUAUUUUGUUUUAUUUUUCUUGUAUGGUGUCUGAUUGGUUGGCUUGGUCACACCAGGCGUAAAGGUCAAGAGUCAUGUUAUAUCACCACUAGAAUAUCAGUGUUAUGAGAAAUACAAGGCAUUAGAUUUAAAACAAUACUGAAAACCAUGAGUAUUUUUAUUAUAUUUUCCUACUGUUGUUACUUUGACAAUCAUUUCAGACAUAAUGUGAUGACUGCACACCCUUUGCACAGUGUUCAUGGCUGAGAAAGUGAAACCACCAAAAUUAAAUUCGGCAUCGAUCUCUUUAUGAUGAAGGAACAGCUGGAUCAGGUUUAAUGACACAUUAUUGCCUCAUACAGGAGUACAGGAUGUGAAGUCCAUUCAUUCUGUAU